CCAGCACCCCGAGCCCCGGCCCCGCACCCCCGCCCCUCCCCGCAGCCUCCUCCGGCGCCCCGGGCCCGCCGGGGCCCUCGCUUCCCCCCCCCUCCCCGGGCCGCGCUCCGGGAGCCCGGGCCCUGCACCGGGUGUCCGUCCGUCCGUCCGUCCGGGUGUCCCCCCCGCCCCGGUCCCGCCUUGCCCGCGCUCGGACCCCGCUCCCCACGGCGGGGCCCCCCCCCGAGACCCCCGCCCGCCCCCCCGGUGCCGCUGCGGCCAUGCCCGGCGGCGGGACGCGGUCCCGGUCCCGGGGCGGGUGCGGGGCCCGGUGAGAGCCCGGCCCCGGGCACACCGGGCACACCGGGCACACCGGGCACACCGGCCCCGCGGGGACCGCGCCAGCGCCGAGCCGAGAGGCGGCGUGGCGAGCGAUGGCGGCGCAGGGCGAGUACCGACGGCUGGAGGACUUCGAGGAGGACUCACCCCCCGGCGAGGAGGAGCUGCUGGUGCACGUCACCGAGGGGCUGCAAGACUCCUGGCACCACAUCAAGAACCUGGAUAAUUUCUUCACCAAGAUCUACCACUUCCACCAGAAGAACGGCUUCGCCUGCAUGAUGCUCUCCGACAUCUUUGAGCUGGUGCAGUUCCUGUUCGUGGUCACCUUCACCACCUUCCUGCUGUGCUGCGUGGAGUACGACGUCCUCUUCGCCAACCGGCCGCUCAACCACAGCCACGCCGGCGCGGCGGUCCCCGACCGCAGCAAGGUGACGCUGCCCGACGCCGUCCUGCCCUCCCCGCAGUGCGCCCAGAGGAUCCGGGCCAGCGGCUGGAUCAUCUUCCUGCUGGUGAUGGCGGCCGUCUUCUGGCUGUACCGGCUGGUGAAGGUGCUGUGCAGCCUGCUGAGCUACUGGGAGAUCCGCACCUUCUACAUCAAAGCCCUCAACAUCCCCUCGGAGGAGCUGUGCAACUACAGCUGGCAGGAGGUGCAGGCGCGGCUGAUCUCGCUGCAGCGCCGGCAGCAAAUGUGCGUGCACAAGAGGGAGCUGACGGAGCUGGACAUCUACCACCGCAUCCUGCGCUUCAAGAACUACACGGUGGCCAUGAUCAACAAGUCGCUGCUGCCCGUCCGCUUCCACCUGCCGCUGCUGGGUCCCGUUGUCUUCCUCACCCAGGGCCUCAAGUACAACCUGGAGCUGCUCCUCUUCUGGGGACCCGGCUCCCUCUUCCAGAACAAGUGGAGCCUGCGGCCGCAGUGCAAGCGAGCGGGCGCCCGGCGGGAGCUGGCGCGGCGCCUGGCACGUGCCAUGGUGGUGCUGGGGCUGGCCAACCUGCUGCUCUGCCCCUGCGUGCUGGUCUGGCAGCUCCUCUACGCCUUCUUCAGCUACGCCGAGGUGAUCAAGCGGGAGCCGGGCAGCCUGGGCGCCCGCCGUUGGUCCCUCUACGGCCGCCACUACCUGCGCCACUUCAACGAGCUCAACCACGAGCUGCAGGCGCGGCUGAGCCGCGGUUACAAGCCGGCCACCAAGUACAUGAACUCCUUCACCAGCCCGCUGCUCACCGUGCUGGCCAAGAACGUCGGCUUCUUCGCCGGCUCCAUCCUGGCCGUGCUCAUCGUCCUGACGGUCUACGACGAGGACGUGCUGACGGUGCAGCACAUCCUCACCGCCAUCACGCUGCUGGGGCUGGUGGUCACCGUGGCCAGGUCCUUCAUCCCCGACGAGCACACGGUGUGGUGCCCGGAGCAGCUGCUGCAGUGCGUCCUUGCCCACGUCCACUACAUGCCGGACCACUGGCAGGGCAACGCCAGCCGGUCGGAGACGCGCGGCGAGAUGGCGCAGCUCUUCCAGUACAAGGCGGUCUUCAUCCUGGAGGAGCUGCUGAGCCCCAUCCUCACCCCCCUCAUCCUCAUCUUCGCCCUUCCCGCCCGCGCCCUGGACAUCAUCGACUUCUUCCGUAACUUUACGGUGGAGGUGGUGGGGGUGGGCGACAUCUGCUCCUUUGCCCAGCUCGACGUCCGCAAUCACGGCAACCCCCAGUGGCUGUCGGCCGGGCAGACGGAGGCCUCGGUGUACCAGCAAGCGGAGAACGGGAAGACGGAGCUGUCGCUGAUGCACUUCGCCAUCACCAACCCGCGCUGGCAGCCGCCGCCGCCGAGCGAGCUCUUCCUCAGCCACCUGAAGGAGAAGGUGCAGCAGGAUGCGGCCGCCGCGCCGCCCGCCCAGCGCAUCCUGGCCGAGGGGCCGCUGGGCACUUCCCUCCUCUCCGACGACUCGGCGGCGGCGCCGGACGGUUUGCUGGCCAGCGUCCUGGCCCGGCCCAUCCUCUCUGCCAGCGGGCUGGUGUCCCGGGACCGGCGCUUCGCCCAGCCCUGCAGCACCGCCAGCGCCGCCGCCAGCGUCCUGGCCUCCCUGGCGUCCCCCCUGCCCGGGCGGGCGCGCGGCCCCUCCGCCGACAGCCCCGGCUGCCACAGCGACCGCCUGCUCCCCGGGGAGAGCCUGCUCCUGAGCGAGUCGCGGCUGCGCAGCCUGAGCCGCUCGGCGCUGCUCUGCGAGGUGGCCUCGGCCGAGAUGAGCCUCCACGCCAUCUACCUGCACGAGCUCCACCAGCAGCAGCAGCAGCAGGGUCCCGGGCCCCAGGCAGCGGGGGGGUGGGUGGCCACAGGGCCACCCAGGCCGCCCCCCGUGACCGCAGGCUCGGCUGCCAGGGCCUCGCAGGCUCAGCACCGGGAGAUGCCGCUGGGCGGCUGGGCCGAGGAGGAGGAGGAGGAAGAGGAGGAGGAAGAGCAGACAACGGGCUAGCCGGCCUCUGCUUCGGGUCCUGGGCGUGCCGAGAGCUCCCGGCGCUGCUGGGCACGGUGCCGGGGGAGCUGCCGGGAGGCGCUGGCCGGGACCGGGCGCCGCGGGGGGACUCGCCGCUGCCUGGGGGCCGGGGCGCGGGGUGGUGCGGCCGUCG